UGUGCUGCUGCCUCAGAUAGGAAUGCGAGUAAGCGCAGACGCCGGGUUGUUUUCAGCCUAUUUAUGCAGAGUAUGUGCCAUGUCUGGUGGGUUGUUUAAUAUGUAUAGAAGCAACAAUAUAGUAUGGAAUUGGUACGGUUACGUUUAGACUGGUUAUCGCUCAGCUGUCAGUUUUCCGUAUAUUGCCGACGGUAACAGUUGAAAAUCGUAUUUCGAACGCGCGACGUGAAUACCCGUACAUACAUACAUUCAAGAAAAAUAAGGCGGUGUUGGUUUUUUAUAUUUUAUGGUGGAGUGGGACGCAAAAAAUAAUUAAAAGCAACCAACCUAUUCGAAGCAAAUCGCGUGGCGUAAAAUACCUCAAGAAAUAAGAAAAUAUAUACGAAUUUUAAGCAGUGUCCCUUAAAACAUAAGCCGCCCGAACAGCCCCACUGCCCACGCACAUACAUACUAUAGAUACGCUAAAUAUGUCAUCAACUGCAACAACAACAACUGCGGUCGCCACGCCACUGCCAACCAUCGAUAUCGAUCAACCCAAAUAUGACCAAAGCACAUAUCUAAAUCGUGCCAAACAUUUCUUCCUGCUCACCAAUCCACUCAAUAUUUUGGCCAGCGAUGACGAACUGGAGCGCGCAAAACGUAUUAUUCACAAUUAUCGUGCCGGCAAGCCGGUGCCAGAGUGCAAAAAUGUUGAGGAAUUGUGGCGCGCCAAAUACUUGUACGAUUCAGCAUUUCAUCCCGAUACUGGCGAGAAGUCACUAAUCAUUGGUCGUAUGUCGGCACAAGUGCCAAUGAACACUUUGAUUACAGGAUGCAUGCUGUCGUUUUAUAAAUCCGUACCGGCCGUCGUCUUCUGGCAAUGGGUCAAUCAAACAUUCAACGCAAUUGUAAACUAUACAAACCGUUCAGGAAAGACACCCAUUUCUCAAGAACAAUUGCUUACUUCGUAUGUAUUGGCAACUGGUGGCGCCUUGACCACAGCACUCUCCCUCAACAGGCUAGUGAAGAACUUGAAUCCAUUAAUUGGUCGCCUGGUGCCAUUGGCAGCGGUAGCCGCAGCAAAUUGCAUUAAUGUGCCGAUGAUGAGAUUGCAGGAAUUGAAAAACGGCGUUACUUUGCUGGAUGAAAAGAACAACGAAUUGGGUGUGUCGAAGAAAGCGGCUGCUGCCGGCAUCACUGCAGUGGUGGCUAGUCGAAUUGCUAUGGCUGCACCGGGAAUGGUGCUAACGCCCUUGCUGAUUUCAUCCUUGGAAAAACGUGGUCUCCUCAAACGCUUCCCCAAGGCCAGUGCACCCAUUCAAACCCUUUUCUGUGGCUUCGUUUUGAUAUUCGCCACUCCGCUGGGAUGUGCAUUCUUCAGUCAACGUGCUUCGAUUGGGGUGGGCAAAUUGGAAGAGGAUGUGCAGAAAAAUAUUAAAAAACUGGAUCCCGAGCUUACUGAAGUCUGGUUCAACAAAGGCUUGUAAACUUAGAGCUUAGCUUAUUUGAAACUCUCUCUUAAGUGAUUUUGCAUUUCGAAAGGACAAUAAUACUUACAUACAUACUACAUACUUGCAUGCAUACAAAUGUAUGUAUGUAAAUUCCAUUUAAUUUCUAUGUGGUUAGCGCUGAUAGUUGUGAAACUUCGUUUGAAGAAGAAAGAUUACAAAAAGUCUUGGGCAUUUAAUCUUUUAUUAACUACAUUCUAUAAAUGCAUACAUUUUUAUGUAAAGAAUAAUAACUGUGUAUGUUUGAAAAUACGCGUAUUUAUCUAAAUUUAGUUGCAUCUUAUUAAAAGUAAAUGUGUAUACUCUGCUGAAUUCCGAUUACAU